AUGGAUUCCCUUUUUUCAAGAGUCAGAAUAUCGGAAUCUCAACCCCCGAUGAUGAAUUGCUGAUCGAAUAUCAACUGAGAAGCACCAAGCCCUAGUCUAGAUAUUGGCGCGCAUAUAAAUCCGUGAUCAGCCUUUGAGAAUAAUUUUCUGAGUCCGAAACCGGUGUCCCAAUCUUAUACAGACCUUCAGACUCAAUUACAACUACAUCCUCAAGCCAUGCAAACCCUUCAACAGCUAGAAAGGCAGAUUGAAGAAGAAAAAACACAGCGUAUCCUUUUGGAGCAUCGCUUAGUCGAACUGGACGGAAAAGUAACAAACCAGCAGGUUACUAUGGAUGAGGCUUUGUCCCAGCACUGGAAUGCUCUUCUAGACAGCUAUAAUUCCUUAGCAGACUGAGUUUUAACAAGGUUUAUAGAGUUCGAAACAAGCCUCAAGCAGGCGGUUGAAUCUGCAUUCGGUAUUAGAUCAUCCAAGUUUGCAAAUGCGUUCAUCGCAAGUCUUGAAGCGGUGCAAGAUCUCGAAGCCUUAAUACAGAGUCCUGAGCAGUCUCAGAUACCGGCUAGGCAAUUUUCCGAUCACAUUCCUGUCCAGCAACCCUUAUUCGACCCAAGCCUAGAAGAUAGGUUGGCCCACCAGAUUGCAACGAAGGCAGACAUAGGCCAAAUUUUCCAGCUUGAGGAAUCCGUAAGGAGGCUAGUUUUCAUGCAACAAGGUCUCGUGGCAGAGCUGAAGGAAGAAAAGAGCGCAAUCAGAAAAUUGGAAGAGGACAUGGAAAGUACAAAGCCAGAUUUGAUAUUGGCACUGGAAUUGAAGUGUAGAGAAUACCAACAAGAGGUGGCGCGACUUCAGCAAGGCUUCAGGGGCCUGGAAAAAAAAACUUACUUCCCCUCCCCAUCCUUGAUCGAAUGGCUCGCCAUCGUUCGAUCAAGGAUGGGGGUUAAAAAAAAAAUUAUAUAUAAAAUAAAAAAUAUAUGUUUUUUUUAUAUAUUUUUAAAUAAGAGGGUUAAGAGUAUUUAAUAAUUAUUUUUACUGCAAAAAAUUGAAUUAAUUUCAUAAAAAUACCAAUUUUUAAUAUUUUGAUUUAUUAGUUACCCCUUUAAAUUGUAUAAAUUUUAAUUUGUUCCUUAUUGAAUUAAAAAUUUUAAAUUGUAAAAAGAAUCUCUAUUUUUAGAUUAUUGAGUUUUUAAGCCUAGGUUGAUGACUAAAUCACUUCGGAUGGUUAAUUUCGUAGCUUCUUGUCGUCUCAAAGCCUCUGAAAACAACUUCAUUAGGCACAUCUUCCCAAGCUUUUGAUAUCUAAUAUAUUUUUUAUAGAUAUAAAAAUUUGCAUGGUAUGAAAAAUCGUUCGAUCAAGGAUUAGGGUUAAUUUCCCCAAAUUUUAGAAAUUUUUUACAGUCAAUCGUUCGAUCAAGGAUGGGGGACUUAAGAAAAUGAAGGAAAAAAGAAAGAAUAAGGAGAAGCUGCAUGAUGAAAUACUAAAGAAGAACCUCAUGGAUAUUAUGACUCAGGGCAAAAAAAUAAUAGACCUAGAGAGGCAACAGCAUGACCUGCAUUAUAAAAAAGUUCUAAAAUACUUCAAAAAUGUCAACAGCUUGGCCGAAAAUAUGCCUCAAGAUAAGAAGGCUGCGAAGUUGACUUGAUCUGGAUUUGAUGAGCUCAUUGACGCGGAUCUUAGAAAGUUCAAGAAGGACACCUAUGAACAAAUCAUAAGACAGACUGAAGAAUUAAAAGCGGAAUUAAUUCAAAACGUGGAGAAAACACUUGAAGACACAAUAAAGACGAAUGUUCAGAAGUUGAGAAAAAAACUGAAAGGGAGCCUUGGAAAUGAUCUUUUAAACCUCCAAGACAGGAUUGCAACCUUGAAGGCAGUAGCGGGCCUUAUGAGAGAAGCAGAUAUAGCAAAAGUUGGUGCUGAAAAGGAGAUCGAGGAGAGAUCAAAUAAAUGCGAGAGAUACCUAGAAGAAAUGAUGGAAAGUCUAACGAGGAAGAAUGAGAAAUUGAUACAGGAUGCACUCCAAAAUAUAGAAGGGAGUGAAAACCUUCAGCUAGGUAUUAUUCAAACUAUGAACAGCUUCGUGAAACUUAUUCAGUCUCUACAAGACCUUUUGAAGCAUGGGUCGUCCUCAUCCUCCUCGAAUCAGAUUGAAGACCAUUCCCCUGAGGAGGAGUUAUUGUGGAGGAAAAGGCUAAAGCAGAUUACCCUAACUCCCCCCAUUCUUGAUCGAACGAUUGACUGUAAAAAUUCCCUAAAAAUUGGGAAAAUUAGCCCCCAUCCUUGAUCGAACGAUUUUCAUAUCAUGACAAUUUUUAUAUAUAUAAAAAUAUAUUAGUUAUCAAAAGCUUGGGAGAUGUGCCUAAUGAAGUUGUUUUCAGAGGCUUUGAGACGACAGGAAGCUACGGAAUCACCCAUCUGAAGUGCUUUAAUCAUCAACCUGGGCUUAAAAACUCGAUAAUCUAAAAAAAUAGAGAUUCUUUAAAAUUUAAAUUUAUACGUUUAAAGGGGUAACUAAAAAUUCAAAAUAUUAAAAAAUUGGUAUUUUAUGAAAUGAAAUAAUUCAAUUUUUGCAGUAAAAAAAUGAUUAAAUACUCUUAACCCUCUUAUUUAGAAGUAUAUAUAAUAAACAUAUAUUUUUUUAACCCCCAUCCCCGAUCGAACGAUAGCGAGCCGCUCGAUCAAGGAUGGGGGAGUAAGACAAUUUCGGAAGCGGGUAUGGGGAGCUUAUCGCAUUUAUCCGACAUGGGCUAGAAAGGGUUUGGAGAGCCUUUGCCAAAUUGAAUUGUAUGACCCCAUGAAUAAGGAUAAGGACAGAGAUAAGAAACUCCUAGACGAUGACCUCUACAAGGACUUUAUAUCGAUGAGGGAGAAAGGUCAAAAUCGUUACUCGGAGUUCUACAGUGGGAAAACCGUAGAGAUCCCUCUCCAUGAAGAUAGAUCUGACCCGGAGACUCUGGAAUUCGCACUGAGUCUAAUUGUAAAUUUCCCUAUUCUAGAAAGGGUAACGGGGGAGACAAUCCGUUCAGCAAUGAAGAACCUAGGUCUUCUAGUUGAGUUUACCUCUAAUUUUCCUAUGAGGAUCUCCUAUAUAGCAUACGCGAGAAAUAAGGAGGACUUACUUACUUAUACAUUAAUAGGCAGGUGCCGUAUUGCUAACGCAGUCACCAAGGACCAAUAUUAGGGUUCACCUUUGCGGUAUAGUCUCAACUGGCCAUAGAGACCAGCCAAGGAGACAUACAACUCCUCCUUCCCCCGAAAACCCGCGGCUUAAGUGUUGAGUGGGCGGGCUAUGGAUUUCUGCGGCUGCUGCUUGAGUUGACGAGAGAGUUGGCUUUCCGAAAUUCCAAAAAAUGGAUUUUCUGGUCACCUUUCGGCAAAAAGGGAAAUUCCAAGUCCUGGGACGUAACGCCCAGUUUCACGCUAGGUAGUUGCCCGAAUGGUCUAGGCAUUGCCUGCAGACUCUGCUGGGCUUACCCUUUCCAAACCUGGACUUCCUUUCCUCUCGAGGAGAAAAUCCAUUCUGGUCGUUGAGCAUGGUCAGGCUCUGCUCUGCAGAAUUGCUUACCUUGGUAUUGUUGCUCAUUUCCUGAAUGGCAAAACCUUGCCGGAUAUAAUUAAAAUAUGAGUCGAGUAUGUAUGGCUGAGAGGCCAUACCCAGACGAAGACGCCAUAUUUUAAUUAUGAGAAAUAAGGAGGACAGUUUCACUAGAGAAUUACUCAGACGCCUUUCACUUGAGGGGGUCCGGAUUCAGGAAAAGAGAAGUAGGGCCUACAGUGGAGACAGAAGAGUGUGGACAAUCCAAAACCGUCCAAACAUCGAGGAUGCAGGGAAGAUCUUUCUUAUCGACGGCUCAGUCCUGAACUUGGCCACAGAGGAAGGCAUUCAGGAGGUUGCCAAUAAACAGCCUAACAAAGAGCUGGAGACAAGUGCCUAUAUGGUAUCACAGAGAGCUUUACUGUAA